AUGGAUCCAUUACUAGAGGAGGAGGAAGUCGACGUCUUUCGCAAUGUAGCCCAGGGCUUAGUUGGCAGCUACCUGGAAAUCACGAUUCAAUAUUGGCAAGAGUUGAUAAAUGAGAUAGAGAUGACCAAUGAACCAGGAAGUCAGUAUAAAGACGACUUUAAAUCGCAUUCACUACCCCUUGCGCGCAUUAAAAAGGUCAUGAAAACAGACGAAGACGUCCGGAUGAUUAGUGCAGAAGCUCCAAUACUCUUUGCUAAAGCAUGCGAAAUAUUCAUCACCGAACUCACUAUGCGGGCCUGGUGUAUCGCAGAAGAGCACAAGAGACGAACACUUCAAAAGAGCGACAUUGCGCAAGCUUUACUGAAGAGCGACAUGUUUGACUUUCUGAUCGAUAUCGUACCAAGGAAUUUGGAAUAG